AUGUUUCGACGACUAGCUGCAACCAAACAAUUUUACCAUUUUCAGCUACCGGUAUGCACAGCACUGAAAGUACACUCACAAAGCUCGUUAAGGCACAUAACACGAAUUGCUCCUACCAAUCGACUUGCGCUGUCACGGACAACGUCCCAGUUUUCAACCUCAUGUCGGUUAAAUCGUGACGAUCAUAAAAUAAAGCCUCUCACUUACGAUCCUGCUUCAUACAAAAACCUCGCCUUUUAUAAGUUUUACACUCUUCCUCAAGCAAGAUUAGAAGCUCUCAGGGAGCAAUUGCUGACGGACUUUGGCAAGCUCGGCAUAGUGGGGAGAAUUUAUAUCUCGAAAGAAGGCAUUAAUGCUCAAGUAGCGUGUCCCGCCGAGAAUAUUCCUAAACUACAAGAAUACCAUCAAAAAGUGUUGAAACCUUUGUUGGGUGACGAUUUGAUGGAUUUGAAUAUAGGGACAGAGCAUGGGAAUAAGCUAUCUUUUCGAGCAUUACAUGUUCGUAUUCGAAAACAGUUGGUUGCUGAUGGGUUAGACUCUGAUAGCUACGAUAUAACGAAUGAACCUAUCCAUUUAACACCAGAGGAAUGGCAUAACAAACUCAUUGAAUACGAAAACAAAUAUGGCCAAAAGCCUGUGCUUAUCGAUAUGCGAAAUCAUUAUGAAAGUAAUAUUGGAUACUUUGAAGGAGCAAUUACUCCAGAUGCCGAUACAUUUAGGGACAGUAUUACUGCCAUGAACACAAUUUGUGAACCAUUGCCGCGUGAUCAAGAAGUUUUUAUGUAUUGUACAGGGGGUAUACGCUGUACCAAAGCCGGCGCCAUUCUCCAAUCUGCAUCUGGUUUCAAUAAAGUGUAUUUGGUGAAAGGCGGUAUAACAGCUUACGGAAGAUGGAUUGCAGAGCAAAAAGAUAAGAAAUCAUUGUUUAUUGGAAAGAAUUUCACUUUUGAUGGUCGAUUAGGUGAAAAGAUAACUGACGAUGUGCUGGGCAAAUGUCAUAUCUCUGGCCCAGUUUUGCACCAUGGUACACGUGCUUUUAUCAAAGAAGGAGAUAACAAAAUUAAACUUGGAAGUGCCGUACCUCGCCUAAGAGUAGGUAAGGAAGGUACUAGUUGUGAGCUUGCACAUCAUCGGCGUCAACGAGCAGUUGAGGUGUUGGGUGAACCGGGAGAAGUACUCAAGGAAUGGAUAAGAGCUGGGAGAGAACUCCCUCCCAAAGUAGAGUCUGUAAAUUGA